AAGUGAUCCACUGAGCUUCUAACCAAUCACAAUCUUCUUCCGACACCAAAUAAAACAAACCCAGAUGAUUCCUAGGAUUUGAUUUGAUCCCAACAUGUUUCGAUCCAAACUAGUGUUACCCUUUCCCCUCCUAAUCAUCUUCCUUACAUCGGUCGAACCCAAGUGUCCUAAGACCUGCGAUUUGGCUCUGGCCUCGUACAACGUAUGGCCUGGCGCCACCCUCACGUUCAUCUCCAACUACGUAUUCGCCCAAACAAUCAACGAAACCCUCAGCUACAACCCACAGAUCACCAAUGAGAACUACAUCUUAUCGGGAUUCAGAAUCAACGUUCCCUUCACGUGCGACUGCAUCGGCGGCGAGUUCUUGGGCCACGUGUUCCGUUACAGGGUCCAGUCCGGCGACGACUCGUACGAUGUUAUUGCCGAGACGUACUACGCGAACCUGACCACGGCCGCUUGGCUGGAGGGGUUCAAUGUCUACGGACCGGGUCAGAUUCCGGCCAAUGCGGUGGUGAACGUGACGGUGAACUGCUCGUGUGGGGACGCGGCGGUGUCGAGGGCGUAUGGGUUGUUCGUGACGUACCCGCUUGGGGUUGGGGAUAGCUUGGAGUCGAUUGCGGCUGCUGAGAAUGUUAGUGAGGCUAUAUUGCAGAGGUACAACCCGGGUGUGGAUUUUAGCGCUGGGAGUGGUCUGGUGUACAUUCCGGGCAGAGAUGAAAGUGGAAAUUAUCCGCCCCUGGAACUGGAAUCCAGAACAGGUUUUCGAUCGGGACAACUUUGGAACCGGCUCAACGUUGACUUGCUUAAUUACUCUGACACUACAACAUAUAUGGAUGAUUACUUAGAGCUUUUUCUGCUACUUUAAGUAAUUGUUUUGCCUUUCAUUUAAGCAGGAUUGUCAGGUGGAGCCAUAGCUGGAAUAUCUGUAGGAGUAGCGAUGGGAGCACUUCUAGUGGCAGUUUGCACAAAAUGGGGGUUCUACCGAAAGAACGAAGUGCAAGGCGAAUCAAGUUCACAAAGAGACGUAGAACUACCUCGUCAAAUUGGAAGGGCUUGGCGAAGUGCUUUAGAGAAAUCAGACUCCCUUGGCGCUCCUGAUACUACUUCACGUCGCUAUGAAAAACUUGCAAAGGCAACUGAUUACCAAGCUGAGUUGCGAGGCAAGGUUUGUUGCUCUUAAUCUAUCCAUGGUGAUAAACUGAGGAAGAGAGAAAGUCUACAAUACACAUUCCUUCAAAGAGUGUACCAUAUGCACCUAUUUUAUGGUUCAUUCAUAACAUUUUAAUGUGUUUCGUAACUUUUGUUCUAGAAUUCAUAACUUUUCAGCAGUACGAUUCGUAACAUUUUCAUUAUCAUUCAUAACAUUUUGCUGUACCUCGUAACCUUUAUAUGAUUCGUAACUUUUUCUCUAUAAUUCAUAAUAUUUUGGGA